AUGUGUGAUGCUGAGAACCCCCUUGCUCAUACAGAAACAUUUCCCUUUCCCGACCUGGUCGGCACCGAAUUUGCUGGAUCAAUGCUAAGUGAGGAUCAUGGAUUUGGCUUCUACAACAAUGAUUUCGAUAAUCUUAUGGACAUACCCGACAAUGAUGUGUUGAUGUUGUGCAACUCUGACGAUGACCCUGGCGGUAGCUCGCCUGGACGAACAAUGGAUUUGGUCUACCACCUUGAAGAUACUGGCAGUCAAACAAAACCCGAUAUUUUCGCUUUAGUCAGUGACACCGACAAGUUCACUCGGUACAAAUCUAUCACUCAAGGCACGCAGGGUUCAUCACAGACUUGCUGGCCCACCAAACUGGCUGCUAGGCGGUAUAUCCGAGCAUAUUUUGGUUCUUUCCAGAAACAUAUACCACUGCUACACGUCCCAACAUAUCUUGCGCAUCAAUGCUCGGAGCCACUGCAGUUGGCAAUUUAUGCGAUUGGUGCCCUUCAUGUGUAUAACGAGACUGAAGCCCGUCGAUUAUACCGUGCUGGGCACGAAGCUUUCUUGGCUCAAAAGUUACUGCUAGUACCUGUUGAACGACUACAGACCUUACUAUUACUUACAAUGUUCGGGAGUUUGUCAGACGAUGAUGAUCUACGGGAGGAGAUUCUACCUCUCCAAAGCCAACUAGCAGAAGAACUGCACAACAUUCCAAAAGAUGUUGUGUCGUCUGAAUCUAGUUCUUGGGAUGUGUGGGUACAGAGGGAAACGUUAAAAAGGACCAUUCUGAACAUUGUGUGCUUUUUAGGGGUGAUGAACGUAGCCUCUUUAUCAUCAUCAAUAUUUCUUCCGCCAUCCUUUGAUAUCGAAUUUCCGUACUCGGAGACCCUUUUUCUCUGUAACAGAGAGGAAGAGUGGGAAUACUUGUUCAGUUCUGCCCCCAAACCACAAACCUUUAAGAUUGCCUUUCACAAUCUAACAUCGCUAUCCGGUCCUGUGUUACAAAUCGAUAGUGGCUUGGGCAAUCUAGUAUUGAUGCUUGCGCUAUAUACGCAUGUGAGGUCUUGCAAAACGGUCUCUGCAUCGCUCCCGAUUCUUCUUGGUCGAGAGAUAAUUGAAACAAGCACCUUAUCACUGAAGCGGUGGCUGAGCUCAUUGGGUGGUCCAGGGGUUGCAUGCCAAAACGAGCAGACCGGUGCCGACUGUUCCCUCACUGCAUCAGCGUUGAUUCUAUGGAAAGUUGCUACCAUUCAGCUCUAUGCAGAUUUCGCUUCAGUUACAGAAAUUCAAGACGCCAUUCUAGCACUUUCUACAGGACAACACCAUACCAUCUCCGCCCUUCACACAAUCCAGAUCCCGACUCACACAGCCGAGGCCAUGGGCCACGCGGUUUCAUUCGUCCACGGACCGGUUGUUCGCGGUGUCCAGUUCCUCAAAGCAACUGCAUGUGCUGAUAUUUGCAUAUAUCAUGGCCUGAUGGGGUUUCACUGUCUUGUUCUGCUGGUUAGAUGGUUAUCCAGCCUAGAGUCUGCGAGCAAAGCGACUGGAGAUCAGUGUACUCACCCGGAUGCGCUGCUGUUGCUGCAGAAUAUUCGCGAAUUAGUCGGUGAAUCGGACCAGCCCUCAAUGGAGAGUCUCCCACUGAGUGCGGCUUGUGCAAAAAUUUGGGUAGAAAUCCUGAAAUCAGACCGCCAAAUCUGGGGGGUUAGGAAGCUGCUUUGUACUUAUCUUGACAAGCUGAUAUAG